GGUGACCCCGCUUCCAAGAAGACCACGUAGGAUUAGCUUGGCUAUAAAACCCGCCUCACAUCUCAUCAGCGCAGCAAGUUGGUCUUUACAUAGCGGUGAACAUCCCCGUUUUGAACCAAGACAACUAAGAGAGGCAUAGACAUGGACUCCCUAGACCUGGCUGAGAACCGCCGCCGGAUGCUCGCCGGCGAGCUCUACUAUGCCUUCACGGCGGAUCUCACGGCGGAUCGCAACCGCUGCAAGGUGGCCUGCGCCGCCUUCAACACAGCGUGCGCCAACGGAGCCUCUCGGCGGCAAUUGGUGGAGCUUUGGAAGAGCAUUCUCGGGGACGAAACCCCCCUUCCACCGCCCCCAUCCGACCCAAAAGAGGAAGACACCCUCAGCGACUACCCGUGGGUCGACGGUCCGAUCAAACUUGACUACGGCAUCAACUGCAAGUUCGGCAAGCAAGUCUACAUAAACAGCAACUGCAUCUUCCUCGACACCUGCCAAAUCACCAUCGGCGCGCGCACCCUGAUCGGCCCCAACUGCAGCUUCUACGCGGCCAACCACCCGACCGACCCGUUCGUGCGCAACGGCAUCUCCGGGCCCGAGAACGGCAAGCCCAUCACCGUCGGCGAGGACUGCUGGUUUGGCGGCAACGCGAUCGUCUGCCCGGGCGUCACCAUCGGCCGCGGCGUCACCGUCGGCGCGGGCAGCGUCGUGACCAAGGACGUGCCGGAUUUCGUUGUCGUCGCGGGUAAUCCGGCGAGAAUCAUCAAGCGCUUGGAGGUGGCUGAUAAGGUGAAGGAUGCGGGGAGGGAAGGGAAACGGGUGUAAGGGGUGUUGGGCGAGUUCUUUGGGUAGAUCUUCUGAAAGUUCACUGUCAUCCUCGGUUUGACGGGGGAAUUGGUGAGCUGUCAUUGGUUGUGGCCCGUGAGCCGGAAUGAGCAUGGGAGCGUUCGGUUGAGAUAUCUAGGUGCCAUCAUAGACACCCCGUGGAACUCCUCAGGGUGGUAGGUAGGUAGAGUUGGGUAGACGCCAAAAAGGUUGGGAAAGUGCAAAAACGAUCCACCCAGGGGUCGAACCUGGAACCUCCUGAUU